AAACAUGACACAUUCAACCCAAACUACCCUAUAAAAUGAAGUUAUUUCUCCUACUUCGGCACUUUAGCUUCGAAAGCUGAACCGAAAACGUAUUUAAAAAGUUUGAAAUAAAAUUGUUACUUUUUAAAAUAAAUAUGGAUACAUUCAUUACACUGCUAGUAGCUGCUAUAAUUUUGUUGGUGCUCUGGGUUCGAGCAAGACUGAAAGAGGAAACCAGUGCGGGUCUGCCCCCGGGUUCAAUGGGGCUACCUUUGAUUGGAGAGUCGAUUGAAUUUGUUCAAAAAAAGGUAGAGUUCUUCAAAGAAAAGCACAUACAGUAUGGUAAAGUAUUUAAGACAUGCUUGUUUGGAAAAUCCAUCAUAAGAGUCUAUGGAUCUGAUAAUAUCCGUAAAAUUAUCCAAGGCGAGAACAAAAUAGUGCGAUCCUCCUACCCUACAUCGGUUCGCAAGCUUAUCGGCACUCAGUCUAUCUCAAUGAGCCAUGGCGACACUCAUAAAUCCAAGAAAAGAGAAUUGAUGAAAUACCUGAGUCCCGAAUUCUUCCACAACCAUACACCCGUACUAGCACGUGCUAUCGCUGAUCGUAUAGAGCAAUGGUGUAAGAAGCCAGAAAUCGAUCUUUACCAAGAAUGUCAAAAGUUGUUCAUUGAACUGGCCGCCAAGUUUCUUGUCAAUAUUGAUAUUAACGAGGCAGACGUUGCGGAACUACAGCGCCACCUACAAACAUUUACUGACAAUGUGUUCUGCCUUCCAUUCAACAUACCUGGCUUCGGAUUUCAUAAGGCCAUGAAAGCAAAGAUUAAGAUGCGGCAGCUGUUAGUUUCUGCUCUAAACAAGUCCGCAAACAAUAAUGACGUCACAGCAGAAUAUUGCUCCGUUCUACAAGGUCUGAAACAGUCCAGCAGUACAGAUUUCAAUGAUGAAAUAGUUAUGGUAGAUUCUAUUAUAGACCUGCUGUUUUCUGGUUCACAAACGGUUAAUUCUGCUGGAUUUUCCCUAGCUCACAAGCUGUCUAAGAGACCGGAUAUACGUGAAAGGUUGAGGCAGGAUAUUGAUAAACUGGGCCUGACAAGUCCUGAUGAGCCAGUAUGUGCCAACGAUUUAACAGAAAUGACGUAUGUGGAUGCCGUUGUCAAGGAAACACUACGGUUACUACCCCCGGUGGGCGGAGCCUACAGAACCGCCAUAGAAUCAUUUGAAUUGGAUGGUUACACAGUUCCAAAAGACUGGUCGGUCGUGUUCAGUAUAAGAGAGACACACAACCAUGCUGACAGUGUUCAAAACCCAGAUGUGUUCAAUCCGGACCGGUGGCUGCAGCCCGAGUUCGGCAAAGACAAAUACUCCUUUUUACCAUUUGGAGGCGGUGCUCGAAUCUGUCCUGGUCAGGCAUACGCUAAAAUGAUCUUAAAAUUGUUUUCUAUCGAAUUCACGCGCUCGUGUUCUCCAUCAGUAAUAAAAGACAGUGAACUGAAAUUCUGGCCAACACCAAGUCCCAAAGACCAGGUUCUUGCGAAGAUAGAGAGAGUGGAGGCUUUAUAAUUCUUUAUUAAAUUUGACUUGGAAAAUAUUCAAAUACCAUUGAUCUCGGCGCGGGUGAUAACAGACUUAACAUAGAGACAUUUAUUAAAAAAAUGAGAAGCAUAAUAAUCAAAAUCCCGGUGACACUUUUAUCUGUGAUUAUCUAGUUUGUAUUGUAUACAAUUGAUGACAUUAAUUUAUCUAAACUUAAUGUAACUACAUUAUCACUUAAAACUACAUGUACUUGUUUUAUCAACUAAACCAUUUAUUAAUUUUGUAUUCUAUCUAUGCUUGUAUAUUCGCCUGGUGUUUUCACAUUAAUCCUUUUCAUGCUGGACACGUUGCGACAAGUGUAGAUCUUGUUCAGCCUGCACAUCCGCGCAGUCCGAUCAAGAUCUGCACUGUUCACCAUUUAGUCAGUAUCUUUUUGGUAAGCACCCCUUUUAACAGUUAAUAGUACUGUCCAAAUUGAAAGAUGGACAUGUUCAUUAUAGAAAUUUAGCAGGGUAAGGGUUAAUGCUCAUGGCGUAAAAGUUUACUUUAUAAUUUUACUGAAAGGGGAAAAGCGGCCCGACAAAUUUCAGUAUUUGAAAAAAAGUAUACCAUACUAAUAGAUAUAUGAUUACAAAACCGACAGAAAUAGCUUGGCAUAAACUUGUCCCCUUAAACAAUUACAUUGAAGAAUAUAUUAAAACUAAGUAAAAAUGAUAAGUUUAUUAUCUGACUUUGGAAAUUUCACUUUAUGAACGUUUUUUCCCAUUUUGAUUAUUGAAAUACACUGAUGUACUAUAAUAUGUUGUUUAUAUUAAUAUUUAAAUUGUUUUCAUGUUUUACAUAGCGAACACUCAAUAACUUGUCGUCUGCUAUUUGCUGGGUAUCUAAUUAUCAAUGUCAACUUAUUUAUACCAGUUAACAAACGUACUUUAUAUACAUGAAUGUGUUAUCUAGUAUGAAAUAUUUGUUAAACUGACAAUUACUGUUACCGUUCUUUUGUCAAAGGUAUCUUUAGUUCUUUACAUAUUGCUAUAACUUAUUGUGCCAUAAACAGAGUACACAUUUCUUUCUUUGUUCCCAAUAGAAUUAAAUUUUUGCAUUAAAAUUGCAUCACUAUUUCUGUACUUAGAAAGAAUAAGUUGCUGUAAGCGGUAAAACAAUAAAAAAGAUGCUUUCUGUUUCUUGAAAGGAAAAGUAUUUUUUCCUCUGUGCCAUAUUAAUUUAUAUAUGAAAACAUAUGAAUAUGCCAUAAUAUUAACAUGAAUAAUGUUUGUGGACAAACUUGUUUUAUAUAUAUUUGAGAGGUUAAUAAAUAAAUGUUUAAUACUUUGA